CUGUGCACUCGGAUCAGUAUUUCGGCUGGUCACGCGCUACGUCUUCGGAUAAGCCACGCGAAUAAGUCUCUCAUCGUACGCUCUCAUCGCCGUACUACUUUCAUAUUCUACUCGACCAGUAUGGUAUUCUAAGUCGACGACCCAUCGAACACUGCCGCGCUUUCAGGCAACAAUCCCCUCUUCAACUGGUGACCGACGUAGGGGCUUAGAUCGUUGCAGCGGAUGUGGAGCGAGCUGUCAGAAGCGGAGUCGAUUUUGUGGCCACCGAAUGUGAUUGGACGCGGUCGCGCGUGAGCAACGUGGCGCAGCGCGUCUACGGACUUGCACACCAGCUCUUCCUCCCACCUCCUCGGUCUGCUCGCUGAACACGCCGACAAUCGACGUUCAGCGUGCCCCAAAUGCGUCUCCGGCUCUCUCUGGUCAUCCCUUACCUCUUGGCGGCGCUCUUGCACGGCGCAAACGCAGAACCAAGCGGUUCCUCGCUCUACCCCCCAGGGCUACUCCCACUCAUCAACCAGGCCAACGCGCUCCUCUCCGCGCGCCAGUUCCACGAUGCCGCAAAGGUCUACUCGGACGCCAUAGAACAGUCUCCGAUCGACUACCUGCUCUACUACAAACGAGCGAUGGCCUACUACUCGCUCAGCCGACUACCCGCCGCCCUCGCCGACCUCGACAAAGUCCUCUCCCUCACCCCAUUCGACAAGGCCCACCUCUACAGGGCGCGCAUCCUUACCAAAGAAGGCCGCUUCUCCGAGGCCCGAGAGGCCGCCAAGAGGUACACGUCCGACGCGAAGGACGAGGAGGCGCAGGAGAUGCUGCUUGCGAUAGGCGAGGCAGAGUCGGCCGCGAAGAAGGCGGAGAAGGCGAUGCGCGCGAAGCUGUGGACGGCGUGCGAGGAGGCUGCGACGACUGCGCUCCGCACGGCCUCGCACUCGGUCGACAUCAGGCGGAAGCGGGCGGACUGUGCGCUGGCGGCGGGUGACGUCGAGGGCGCCGUCGGCGACCUAACCCGCUUGACGCACCUCACGACCCCGUCAACCGCGCUCCUCAUGAAGAUCUUCCGCCUCUCCUACUUCCUCGGGCCCUACUCCCCGGACGACGCCCAAUCCUACGCGCUCACGACCCUCAAAGAAUGCCUCAAGUUCGACCCGGACUCCUCGCAAUGCCUCCCCGCGCACCGCCUCGUCAAGUCCCUCGACAAGCAGUUCAAAGCCCUCCACUCACACCUCGACGCCUCCGACUUCCGCGCCGUCCUCUCCCUCCUCCUCGGCACAUCAAACGCAGACGACGGCCUCCGCUCAACGUUCGAAGCCGCGCUCGAAGCGCACACAACGCGCGCCGCGCUCCAGAUCCCCUCCGCGCUCCCCGCGCCCCACGCGAAACGCACCUCCCCCCGGCGACAAGCCAUCCUCCGCGCGCUGUGCCGCGCGCACGUCAAGCUGGGCGACGCGAAGCGCGGCGAGCGGUGGUGCGGCGCGCUGUUGGAGAUGGAGGGCAUGCGGGAGGACGUGGAUGGGUUGGUGGGCAGGGGCGAGGCGUUGUUGGGCGACGAGGAGUGGGAGGAGGCGGUGCGGGCGUUUGAGCGGGCGUUUGAGGCGAGCGGGCGGGCGGAUCCUGAGAUACAUCAGCGGUUGCAGAAGGCGCAGAAGCUUUUGAGGCAGUCUCGGAAGAAGGAUUAUUACAAGGUGUUGGGCGUGCCGCGCGAUGCGGACGCGAAGGCGAUCAAGAAGGCUUACCGCGACACCACGAAGAAGGCGCAUCCUGACAAGGGCGGGAGCGAAGCGAAGAUGGCCGCAGUCAACGAGGCGUACGAGGUGCUCAGCGAUCCAGAGCUAAGAGAGCGGUUCGACAACGGCGACGACCCGAACGACCCGAUGUCUCAGCAGGGAGGGCACCCUUUCCCUGGGGGGCCGGCUGGGGGCGCGGGUGGUGCUGGCGGUGGUGGGCCGCAGCAGCAGUUUAUGCAUUUCUUCCAGCAGGGCGGAUUUUUCUUUCGGCAGAGUCCGCCUGGGCAGCAUGGGCGUGGACAUUGAGAGCGUGUUGUUUGGAGUGAGUUUGUCGUGGAC